AUCCAAUCUUGUUGGCGGAUAUCGAUGAAUCACUAAAUUGCAACUUCUUUUUCAGUUCUCUAGUUGGAGUAGUUCUCGUAUCUGUUACUGUCACUCAAUGUAGACUACAUAGAUCACGAUGUAGCAACAUGAAUAAUGUUAACAUCUGGCUGCGCGAAACGGAUGCUCCACCUUUCCUGAGAAACCAUUUCCGCAAAUCCUGCAUGAUGUACUUAUAAUCUACAGCUUUAAAUUUCUGAGACUUAGAUUUCCCUGACUUUUGUAUGGAUUACUACACUGCAUGUCUGUUAAUCCCAAGGCUAUCUAAGUUUCUGGAUCCGGACAAAUCUCCAAGGUAUUAUUUCUAAGUCAAUCUCAUUUCCUUUUCCAAUAUUAUUAGAACACCAAUUGUCUUGUCUCUCUUCUAAACUUUUAAAACGUAUUAUCGAUAAUAUAAAAUGAAAAAGAAACUAGGUAAAUCGAAGAUACGCGCAUGUUUGCAGAGAUCGCGACGAAAAUGUCAAUUUCAAGCGCAUCGAGUUAGAUCUAGACGGCAAAGAAAAGAUGUGAGAAACUUUUGGACUAAUAAUCCAAAUACGUGCGGAAUAUUUACAAUUCCAACGAGGGAUGCUGGGUACCUUCUGUUGAUAGCACCACACUCCCACGUUGGAACGUUCGUACACGGAGCACGAGUUGGUCUGCGUGGGGUGCACUGAGGGUGCGCGCGGACAGAUUGGUGGUGCGCGGAGGAGGCUGACGCCCAGCGAUUCGACAGAUCGCGCGGCUCUGUGUAUCCGUCGUGAUAAGCGAAGGACGGUCAGUGUCGGUACAUAUACACAAUACCUUGCUGACGACGAGGUCGUAUCGAGAAGGUGUCGGUCUCCUGAUCACUCGUUUAUCCUCGUUUAUUAUUAUUCUUUGACGGAACUGUGAGCUGCUUCAUCUCAUCGCAAGUCAUCGCGAAUCUCUCUCUCGACGAUGUACGAUGGACGUGCAUCGGACACCCUCGGAAAUUCGCGUUCUGCGUGGAAUUUGCAAGUAAGCUCCGCUGCCAGCUCCUGCUUGUGUGCGACGAAGUAUCGACAUCGUCAUGUUGAAGCAUUUUUGACGUGAAAAGAAACUAGAAGGAUGGCCGAUUAAAGGGCGACGGUGAGGAGAACGAAGACAGCUCGGCGCGGUCGUUCACACUCCAGAGUAUCUCGUGAUAACGCGUUGAGUCCACGAGUAAGAACUCGUCGAACGAAGAUGAGGUUGACCGUAGCCGGCGUCUUCCUGCUUCUAUAUCUUACCUGUGCCCGCUUGCCGCGUGUCACCACAACCUUCGACUCGUACUGCGGUGGUCACCUGGCGGGUCCGCGAGGCGUCAUACACACGCCGAAUUUCCCCGGGCCCUUUUCGCUGCCGAUCAAGUGUCGCUGGGUGAUCGACGUAUCUGACAUUCCUUCGACCAACAGUUCCAUCGUUGUCUACCUGACGCAGCUCUACGUCUAUAAGGGGUUACGCUUCACCGAAUACGCGUACUACGAGUCCGAGACCAUGAAUUUCGGCGCGGCUUUGGUGAAAGAGGUGACCGAGGGCAACGUCUUCGAGUAUCGUCGUCUGAGGACCUUCAGGCCAUUCCUGGUGGUCGAAUUCGAGCUCGACCGCUUCGAGGGCAAUCAUGUUCGCGUGUUGAACGAUCUCCUCGACGUGUACGGCUUCAACGUGACAUACGAGAUGACCGAGGAGCAUCCGAAUCCCGAAUCUUGUACUAUGCGCGACUGCUCCUUCGCGGGAAACUGUCUCGUCUCCGUGGAUUACACAUUUUUCUGGUGCGACUGUUUCGACGGUUUUAGCGGGAAAAGCUGCAACGAGGGUCCGUUGUGUUUCAACGAUCAACACAAACCUGUUUGCCAAAACGGAGCUAUGUGCAGACAAAUCGGAGCGGAGGCAAUGCACUGCGAUUGCUUGGAUGGCUACGUCGGUCCUAGCUGCGAAACUCGUCUUCUGGAUACUUUGGACACCGAAUGCGCUUCGGAGAACUGCAUACUGCAGUGUCCCUUCGACGAGCAGCAGCCGUGCACCUGCAAAGACGGCACGAAGAUAUAUAACAAUCGAUCACGAUACGAGUGCAGGAUCAAGUUGUCGAACGUCACGUCUCUUCGCACAGGUCUGAUAUCGCAGCAAGGCAGCCUGGAAUCGUUCGUCAGCAAACAGCUUGCUAAGUACUUAAGGAACUCCAAUAUCACUUCCAUGGAGGAGUUAAAAAUCCUGAGCGUGACACCCACAGCCGAAGUUACCUUUCAUUUUUUCGGGAAUUCCGAUGACGGGGAUAAAAUCCGGGAGUCGCUCAAUCGACUCGUGCAGCGCCGACGUCUCAGCGAAAUCGCGUUGGAGUCCACGCACUUCACAUUCCAGCAGAAACCUGCGCUCAAAUUGCAGAGUCUGCGGAUUAAUCAGGUGAACGAUUAUGAUGUUCACCUGGGAGAUCAGAUCGUCUUGUCAUGCGCUGCUCAAGGGAGCUACGGCAUAAACUUCACCUGGUACAAAGACAGCAUGUUGGUGAACACAAGCAAAGCCACCAGAGAAAUUUGGAUCAGCAAUUUGCCGAACGACGGCUCGGAUGUGUACACGUCGGUGUUGACCAUCGAGAAGGCAACCCUGCUCGACGGCGGUCAAUACACGUGUCAAGUGGUGGAUUGGGGUGUGCAGCAGUGCAAGAGCAUCUACAUCGAGAUCAGGAAUGAGCCAGACGUGAAGGUGGUACCGAUGAGCGCCAUCGUAGAGAAAGGCAGCAAUAUUCAACUGACAUGCACGACGCCCAACAUGCGGAAUAUUGGAAUCGGCUUCGGUUGGACGAAGAAUCGUGCUCUGCUCAAGUUAGAGCCCGGCCAUGCAAUUUGGGAGGAUCUGUACCCAGCGGGUAGUAUCCUGAAAAUCACUAACGCUCAGAAAUCCGCGAUCUACACCUGCAACGUAGCGCACAAGUUCAUGUCCGUACGAGUCGAAGUCAUGAAUCGAACACUGAUACCGAUCUGCCUCGACGGGAAGUCUUGGGGUCUGCAAUGGCCAGACACCGCUCCGGGAUCGGAGGCGUUGCUGGAGUGCCCUCGAUACUUCGUGGGUCGACGAGUCUCCAGACUUUGCUCUAUGAAGGACGCCACUACGCCCGAAUGGCAGAUACCGGACUUUUCGUCUUGUUUGUACAAGGCAUUAGUCUCUCCUUACAAUAACUUUCAAAGUCUAACAUUGGGUUACCAAAAUACUACGAGUUCGGAGACGAUCCUCGCUUUCAAGGAGAUUCUGCGCGAUCGCGGAUUGCCGCUCUAUCCCGGCGAAGGCGAUCGAAUAAUGGGCAUGUUGGCGGAAAUCGAGCGAUAUCAGCACAAUAUCGACCCGCUCGAUGCAUAUGUUUCCGCAGAAGCUCUGACUCACAUAAUAAAUCGUGUAUUGAGCGACGAGUACUCAAUCUUAAGUCAAGAGAAGUUGUCGUUGCUGCUUCAUCUUACGCAACGAAAUUUAAUCCACUGGUCUAAGCAACUGAAACAUGUGUGCAAACAUUUGGCUCUGUCAUCCAUGGUCGUAGAUAUUCAGCAAUUGCAGUCUCACAACGGGGACAGUAUCACGCAUUCUCUUCAGAUGCCUUCGACCGAGCAUGUAUAUCCUGAUUGGUACGAGGAUAAAGUGGCUGUACGAUUGUGGAAGAAGAGACAGCGCAAUGUAAAGUCUAACAGCACGUUUACCGGUAUUAUUAUCGUCUACAAAAACAUGUCGCGUUUUAUACCAACGGCGUACGUUACGGAGCUCGACGAUGGCACGGAUCUCGAGUUUCGCCUCAAUUCUCGAGUGAUUAGCGUUGCAGUACCUUCCUUCGGAGUCGAUAAAUACAGUAAGAUAUGGGUCGACCUACAAAUCAGGCAUUUGCAAAACCAAACGAGUUCUUGGAACACGUCGUGCGGCUUGAUGGACAACACUGGGUCAUGGGACCUCAACAGUUGCAUAGCGAACACGGCGUUCGGCGACCUCACGACGCAUUGUCUGUGCCCUACCGCGGGCACCGUCGCUGUUUUCUUGACAACUCGCGCGGUAAAAGUCGUACUGGCAAAAUCAGAACAGACCACGUUCAUUAUAAUAUUCGGAUGCAGCAGCUGUUUAGUUCAGUGUUUGUUGUCUGUCUUAAUAUUGGGUGCCUUUUGGUGGAAACACAAGAGCUGGCUGAAUUUCUUAAAGCUCCAAUGCUGCGGCGCAAUAAUCGGCGCGAUGGCCAUCUUCAUUUACGCCGUUCACAGUAAUUUGCCGGAGUCAUCGUACUCGCUCGUGGCGAUCGGAUUAGAAGCGUUUCUUCUCGUGGGCAUGUCCGCGCCCAUCUCCGAGGCUCUGAUAGUGUACGCCGAGCUCACACAACUCCGACAGAGUCAACACCUUCAGCCGACAGUUAUCGCUGUGAUAACCGGUGUCCCAAUCUUGGCUGUGUUCGCGACUGAACUUACGCAUCAAAGUACCAGAUUGCGACACGAAUCCUGGUGGCUCAUUUACGGCAGCGGCGUCUACAAUAUAUUCGUCAGUUGCGCUACGAUGAUGUUUCUGGUGUUCAUAUUGCUAUAUAUGGGAGUGCUUCACAAAGUCCACACGUUAAUGGAAGAGAAUAUGAUGAAAAGAGAAGCAAUAGAAACAAGGAUACGAAUAUUGCACCAUGCAGCUAUUGUCAUAUGCGGCAUCAUCGCCAUGGAGUCGUCGUCUAUUAUCUAUAUAAAUUCCUCGUCCAUAAUCUUUCACUACGUAUUUGCCUCUUUAUCGUUCGCUUUGGGCUUCGACAUAAUAAUCGUGUACAUUGUUAAUGCUGAGAUUGCGAUUAUCAGGCCAAUGCUGCGGAAAAUCAGGUGGAAGCGCACCGUGGACGAGGAGCAUACAUCUGAGCCCAUCAAAGUGUGCUCGAAAGGUGACGCAGAAAUGGAAAAUGAUUCGGCAACACCCCCGACGGCCUUGUCGAUCUCUGGUGACCCGUACCGGGAAGUACGCGGGAUCGCCGCGGGUAGCAUCGACAUGCGCGAGUUCGUAUCCGAGUCAUCGUCCGUCUAUUCCAGUAAAUCAUCAGCUGUGCCCGCGACCAGCAGAUUUCUGCCAGAAAUCCGGGUGGAUCAUUCGGACGACAUCGAUCUCGAGAACUACAGCACAAGUCCGCGCAAGUAUCAGGAACCGGUGGCGGUGUUCGACCCGACCACCGCGGCGAGCACGUUCUCGGCGCACCGUGGCUCUCAUUGUCUCGUCAACGACGCGGUUAACUACGGCGUCAACGAGUGCUGUAGCUUCCGCGGUGGCGGCAAUGCCAACGGCGGCAGCGGGAACGGUGACCUCACCAAGUAUCGACAAGGUGACGGCAAGGUGUUCUUGCCGACGAGCAGCGUGUCGUCGACCGACUGCCCGUCGGCCAAGGUCCUCUGCAGCGCCGACGUGGAAUCGCGGUUGAGCGCGAUGCCGGAUGUCACGCUGGCCGUGAAGAACGACGUCGAGCUGCUGGCGAACACGGAACUGAAGAGCCGAGAUCUCGCGGUGAGCAGCGCCAUGCCAGAUAUCGCCAACACGAGCGAGCGCAAGCAGCCCGACGGCGAGGAAAAGAAGACCCCGGAGAUCAUGGUGACCGCCUGUGACAGCGUAACCAGCGGCAUGCUGGAUCGCAUCUCGCACGAUCUCGACUAUCUGCUUAAUCGCACGCACGCGAAGGAGAGUGCUUGAGACUCUCUCUCGCCUCUGACGGGCUGAGAUACGUAGCGAGAAAGUAUUCACGCGCUAAUCGUGAACCAAGCCAAUCAAUAGGUUGUUACAAUUUGUACAAAGACAGAGUUCGCCGCGGAACUUUGCGCGAGUCGAGCGAAUCGUGUAUUAUUUCAGGUAUUCGUUGUUAUUUCUCUGUGACAGAGACUCUCAUGAGACAUGAAUUCAUAAACGUAAACGUGAUAUAAUCGUAUUUGGAAACUAAAAGCCAAAAUCUAAGGUACAGCGAUGUGCAUUGAUAGCCGAUACGUUCGCAUUCGUGAUACUUUGUAUUAGUAGCAGUAGAAAGUUCUUGACUUUAAGUCGAUAGUUUAAGUUUUAAAUUUCAAAUCGGAAUAUUUGAUAAAUAGAUCUUAUGUGACAACUCCGAACGCAAAAAAUCAUGAGUAGAUCCCGAUCAAUCGACGAUAUUCAAUACAAAGUUCAAUAUCCACGCUGAAGUUACACUUUGUAUCUGGAUGGGAUUGGAAAAAUGUGCUCUAUUAUGAAUUAAUAACAUGCAAUUCGUCGUUUCUUUUUGUGGUUUCAUGAAACAAACCAGUCAAGUAAUUCUACCAAGCGUCUGAGUGAGAAGUACGCGCGUUUCUCUAGUGUUACGAAAAAUUUUAAUCGAUAAGAAUGUGAGCGUACGGCUAUAUUAAUGCACGCCAUUGCACAGUCUUUUCUCGUUUCUUACAUUGUCGCUUAAAAUCUCGCGCUAUUUCGCCAGGCUAAAAUUGUACGUAAAAUACUCGGCGAUAGUUGUAAAAGACCGUGCGGAAGACGACUAUCGUCGCGCUCCAUCCGUCAAAGCAUACAUCAAGUACAAUCUCGCGUUCUUUCGUGCUGCAUUAUGGACACUGGUGCUUACGUCUAUCGAAUGUCGUAAGAAGACUUAACGUCCCUCCAAUAAACGAAUAUCAAAAGUAAAUUAUACUACGUAAGAUUUUAAUCGAUAUGCGACGUAAACGUUCGCGAGCGUCAAAGUGGUGUAGCCUAAGUAAUGGUAUUCUAAAAAAAAAUUUCCGAGUUAAAGUAUUUAUUUAUCACUGUCAUCGUACAGCCCUUUCAUAAUAUCCACGAGUCAGUCGUCGCGCGCUUUUCCGUCAUUAUAAUUUGUAUUAUAAAGCUAUACACAUUCAUUUCAGUUUUGAUAAUCUACUUACAUACUUAAGAUCGAAGUGUUUAUGUUGUUGUUUGUAGUAGUUACCUCUAGUAGGGUUAGUCGUUUACUUAAUGAGAAAUGCGUCACUGAAAAUCGAUUCGACGGAGGUAUGAAAUUGGAGCAGUAUCUCUCUUGGCCAAGCACGUGUUAUAAAUGCAAAAGACGUAAUAAGAUCUGUGUUAGUCUGUUAGCACUCGAAUAUACCUAUAUGACUAGUUUUCUGUGUCAACAGAUUUUUCUUAAAAAUAUAAAGUAUUUACAAGGA